AUGGGCAGUUCUACCAUCUGGUCAAAGCUGGACAUGUUCAAGAGUUUCCACCAAAUUGCAUUGCAUCCAAACUCCAGAAAGUACGCUACUUUUUCCACACCAAGGGGUCUCCGCAGAUGUACCACUCUGGUAAUGGGAUUCACCAACGCUUCAGAAAUCCUCCAACGAGUAAUGAGCAUGGUAUUGUCAGGUAUGCCCGGUGUAAGAUGGAUUCACGAUGACAUAACCAUCUACGGUCGCACGGUACGAGAGCACAACGAGCGUCUUGCGCAUGCCUUCACCGACUGCAGCAAUAUAACAUCACCCUCAACAAGUCAAAGUGCAUUUUUGGGGUCGACAAAGUCACUUUCAUGGCCAUGCAGCUAUCCUCCAAGAGCAUCCAACCUUCUCAACAGAAAGUUGACGCAGUUAAAUACUUUAAACCCCCCAGCAACGUAUCCGAAGUGAAGAGCUUUCUCGGUCUCAUCAACUUUCUCGCUCGAUUCACGCCCAACCCUGCCACGGAAGCGGAACCCCUCCGACGCCUCACACGCUCAGGUAAUAAGUGGAUCUGGGGACCAGAUCAGCAGAAAUCCUUCCAAGGCCUGGAGAACAGCAUCUCGCGGGCCUCAUGCCUUGUCUUCUUCGACAAAGAUCGUAAAACGGAGCUUCGAGUAGACGCCUCGCCUGUGGGACUGGGAGCCAUUCUGUGUCAAAUCCAGGGAAAUGGAACUUCGCGACCAGUUGCCUACGCUAGCCGGUCGCUAAGCGAUGUCGAGCGACGCUACAGCCAGAUCGAAAGGGAAGCACUCGCCGUCAAAUUCAGUUGUUUGAAGUUCGACCACUACCUCAGCGGCGACCCAGAUUUCACCAUCAUAACAGACCAUAAGCCACUGCUUGGUCUCUACAAGCCCGGGUCCCGAUCUCCUCCACGCAUCGAGCGUUGGGCACUGCGCAUUCAACAUCUCAAUUUUCGACUUCGUUACGAACCGGGUCCAAAGAACGCAGCCGAUGUAUUUUCACAACAGCCGACUCCACCCCGAGCUCACGUCAAUCCCAGCGAACACGCGGAUACCAGAAUGAUUAAUGCCAUCACCACAGCGUCACUUCCACGAGCCUGCACCAUCACAAGUAAAAGAAGCCACAACGAAAGACGCGAAGCUUCAAACAGUCCUCAAGUCUCUCCAGUCAGGCACCUGGAACAAAGACCUUGGUCUCUUGUUUAG